UUAACCAACCGACUGAGCCACGCAGGCGCCCCUCAAAAUAAACAUUUAAAAAAUGAAAAUAUAUCAUGACCAGGUGGAGGUUACGUCAGGAAAUACAGGCUGGUCUAACAUUAGAAAGUCAACCAGGGGCGCCUUCCUGGCUCAGUCUAAGGAACAUGCGACUCUUGGUGCCGGGGUGUGAGUUCGAGCCCCACACUGGGGGUAGAAAUUACUUAAAAAAAAAAAAGUCAAAGUAAUGGACCAUGUGACUCUUCCAGUGAGGAUAGAGCUCUGCCCCACCCACGAUGGAAGAGGGGCCAUGUAAUCCGUCAGCUACCACUGGCUGGUUGGUCCCCCUAGGACCGGGGUCACACCACAUGCGACGAUUCCUUGCGGGCGCCUCCAGGGCCACCCUCGGCCGCGGCGUGGGGCUGGGGGCGGAGCACGCAGUCCACAACGCGCAGGCCCUCGGUGUGGCUCCGCCUCCGGGCGCCAGCCCCGCCUCCGCACGCCGACCCCGCCUCCGCACGCCGACCCAGCCCCGCGCGCGGAGUGGGCAGCCUCCCGACUGGUGGCUGCGGCUUCCGUUCCUCUGACGGGCCGGGUCUCAGCCCGGGUGGCGGCUGGGGUGAUCCGCGCGGGCAUGGGGGAGGCCAGGACUGGCGCGGGCGCGUUGGCUAGUGGGCUAGCUUCCGCAGGGUCGCCGAUGCCGGAGGCCGGCCUGGAGGCGGAGGUGGCGAAGCUGCUGCCCUUCCUGGCGCCCGGGGCGCGGGCGGACCUGCAGGCGGAGGCGGCGCGGCACGUGCUGGAGCUGACCGGCUCCGGGCCCGGUCGGACGCUGCUGGCCGGCCAGGCGGCUCUGCUGCGGGCGCUGGUCGAGCUGGCCGCGGCCCCGGCCCCGGCCCCGGCGCGCGACGUCGCUCGCGCCCUCGUCAACCUCGCUGCCGAGCCCGGCCUGCACGAGCCGUUGCUGCAGGCCGAGCCCGAGCUGCCUGCCCGCCUGCUGGGCCGCGCGUUGGAUCCACAGUGGCCCUGGGCCGAGGAGGCGGCCGCCGUGCUGGCCAACCUCAGCCGAGAGCCGGCGCCGUGUGCCGCGCUGAUGGCAGCGCUGGAGGUCGCGGAGCCGGGGGAGUCAGGCCUGGGGCGGCUGGUGCGCGCGCUGUGCACGCCUGGCUACAACGCCCGCGCGCCCCUGCAUUACCUGGGGCCAAUGCUCUCCAACCUCAGCCAGCGUCCCGCGGCGCGCGCCUUCCUGCUGGACCCCGACAGGUGCGUGGUCCAGCGGCUGCUGCCCCUUACCCAAUUCCCAGACUCCUCCGUGCGCAGGGGCGGGGUGGUGGGGACUCUCCGAAACUGCUGCUUCGAGCAUCGACACCACGAGUGGUUGCUUGGGCCCGAGGUGGACAUUCUCCCUUUCUUGCUGCUGCCCCUGGCUGGCCCUGAGGACUUCUCCGAGGAGGAGAUGGAGCGGCUGCCUGUUGACCUGCAGUACCUGCCGCCAGACAAGCAGAGGGAGCCUGAUGCCGACAUCCGAAAGAUGCUCAUUGAAGCCAUCAUGCUGGUGAGCAGAGGCCCUGCUGUAUUCAUGCCGGCUCCUAACAUGCCACACACGCGCGGGCACGCACAUAUCUGGAUAACCUUUGCCCUCUCUCAGCUGACAGCCACAGCACCUGGUCGGCAGCAGGUGAGGAAACAGGGAGCCUACCUGAUCCUGCGUGAGCUACACAGCUGGGAGCCGGAGCCCGACGUGCGGGUGGCCUGCGAGAAACUCAUUCAGGUGCUCAUUGGGGAUGAGCCAGAGCAGGGCAUGGAAAACCUCCUGGAGGUGCAGGUGCCUGAAGACGUGGAGGAGCAGCUGCGGCGGCUGGACCGCCAGGAGCAGGAACAGCACACCCGGGAGCGGUCAGAGGAGCUGGCUCUGGAGCCACGAGCUGGAGGGGCUACACCCACUUGAGCUCCGGGCCUUCCCGCAGCCAGCUGUGGGCCUCUGGGUCUCCUUGCUCAGAGGUUGUUCCCUGCCGAGAGGUCUCUAGGGUGAAUGUCCAAUACGCCUGGGAGGGCGAGGGGACCUCUUUGUGCCCCGUGACUUCCAGCAACUCCGGUUGCUUGGAGCAGCGCUGGUCAGUCAGAGCUAGCCGUGCUCCAGGACUCUCAGGUGCCUCCAGGAAGAUGGCUCACGGGCGGGACGGAUAAACAGUGCAAGCCUGAGCAGCCCCGGAGGGCACUGUCGAGGUCUGUGCAUUGGUGGGCGUCCAGGUAUAAGCAGUGCCCUUUGCUGCCAGGCCCACCCCGAGUCCUCUAUUCUGGGGUCCUCAACGUGCCCUGCCUGAGACCCAGCCUCAAAGGACUGACCUCGUGAGACUUUCAGCAUCAGCCUGUCCUGGGAUCUCCUAGGGCUGUGACCCCCUGGUCUGUCCUUGGAGUGCUUGCUGGGCGCUGUGUCCCCAUCAUUCUCUCCACCUUCCUGCUUGACCUGUGCCCCAGGACGGCCCUCAGCCCCUUGCUGUCUUCUCCGGCCCGCCCUGCUGUGACGUACUUGCUGUCCGCUCUGACCGGGCCCUGUCCUUGGAAGGCUUCCUUGAGUGUCCGAGCCCUUUGCCUGACACACUCAGAGUGUCUCUGUGAUGUGCCUGCAUCCUUGCUCUUAAGCAGACCUCUCUCUCCCCUUCCCGCCCUUUGUCACCUUGGAGCCUCCUAUGGGCCCAAGAACCUUGUCCUUCCCCAGCUCCUUGUGUGGUCCCUCAGUUCUAAAGCUGCCACACCAGGCCUGGUAGAGGGUCAGUGUGGCCCUCCCCCUGCCACGCUCCUUUCCCAGGGCCAUCUUUGGCACAGGAUUCCAGAAUCCUGGCCUUCCCAGGCCCCUUGCACUCUGACACUGGAGUGCUGCUGCCGCGAGAGCUCCCAGCACCCCCACUCCGUGUGUCCUCAGUCCUGGCACUGCCUGCAAAGCUGGGGGUCCACUCCGGUUCCUCCCGUUGAGGCCGGUCGCUUUGCGGGUACGAGGUGUCUCUUUCCUCUCUGGUACUCUCUGUAGUUUUCCUCUCCUCCCAACUAAAAACGUGGCACGGAGGUGUGUUCUCCCGGGAUGGUUCCCCGUGGCUGGUUGCCCUUCCUGCACAGAGACAUCCACAUCCCCUCCACAAAAUAAACGCUUUAUCUGGC